UGCCGUAGUCGGCUAGCGAGGUCCUGCAAUGUGCAUGCUUCGACUGGGGUCACUGGGCCGCAAGUCGGUGGAAGUGAAGGAAAUGAAGGUGCAGACAUCGACAAGAUACAGAACAACCAAUGCUGAGAUCCAUGGAAACGAGCGAGCCAGAAUCGCCAUCCUCGCAACUGGUAAAAAUACAAAACAUAACAUUACAUGCGCAGGCAACGACAGAAACUGGGGUUCACAUACUCGCCCCUGUCGGAGGACUUUCGCCCAGCGUGACACCGCACUGCUGGAUAAAUGAAGACCACCCGUCGUCCAUUCCGGAUUCACUGUACCCGGGAUUUGAGAAUAAAUUGGGAUCCAGCAAAGCAGGAUUCGC